AUGAGAUCCUAUGGCUCAACUUUCGCCUGCGCGCUCGCACUCAUCAGCACUAUCUCGGCGGCAGCACUCCCACUCGACACAGUCAGUGAUCUCGUCAGCGACCUUACAUCAAACGCACCAGCACUGGGAUCAGCGCUACCCACACAGGUAACUGAUAUAGUAUCCAGUGACACAGUCUCCAAUGUUGGAAGUGCGGCGAGUGAGGUAAUUAGUGAAAUGAAAGUGUCUAAGGAGGAGUCUGUCGUGGCAAGCAAGGUUUCUUCAGUUGCUAGCUCUGCUGUAUCAGUAGCUGCUGCGGGUGCUGCUGCUCUUAAGAUUUCAAAGGGAUUCCCUUCAGACAUUUUCCCGGGCUUUUUUCAGAACACCAUUUUGACUUGCAAGUACGGUGAUUCUAUUAUUUCAGGAUUGGCAGACCUAAUUGGGAUUUCUUCUAAAGAAGCUGCUUCUGCACCAACCUGUUCCAUCUCAUCAUCCCUCACGGGAAACCAUAUUCUUAUCAUGAUCGACCCAGACGCGACCAACCCCCAACACAUUCACUACCUCCAAACCGACCUCAGCUGCUCCAACAGUACAUCUAAUAACUCCUCGAGUAGUGGAAAGAACACCCUCUCAACAGCUGUCUCGCCAGUACUAGAAUACGCCGGUCCAUCUCUUCCACUAGGCACCGGAUUCCAUAGAUUUACAACCUUCCUAUUCCCUCAGCCGGAGGACUUUAGCCUUGAUGACGACCUUGAUAGAGAGGAUUUUGACAUUGUUGAGUUCGCAUCAGAGCACAAGCUCGGGCUGCCUGUUGGAGCCACCUUCUUUGUUGCGGAAAACCUCACGGGUGACCUUAAGGGCAGCCUGCUAUCAGGGAAUCUCACAAAGGCUCUUCUCGGAAACCUUACACACGGCGCCCUCGGAAACCUAACCAAUGGCCUCUUUGGCGACCUUACAAAGCUCCUUAACGGCACUCUUCUGGACUCGUUCCUUGGUAACCGUACCAACGCAACUCUUCUUGGGUCAUCGUUAUUCGGAAACGGCACGCACGGAAACUCUACACUUGGUAACGGGCAUAACUCUACCGGUAGCGGUGCUUCAAGCACAAAGGAUGGAAAGGAUGGAAAGUCCUCUACUGGCCCCGUUCCCAUCUCGCCUACCGCCAAAGCAAACUCUGAGUCAGUUAGCACCAAAGAUGAUAUUAACGGCUUGUCCACUGGCGGGUCUUCAGCGGUGAUUGCCAACUUUGCACUAGCAGGGUUUGUAGGCAUGGUAACUGUGGGUGUGGCGUACUUGUAG